AUGCCCCGCAAUCCUACGAGGCGGCUACGCCUUACCUGGGCCGAGAAGGUGGUCACUCUCUCGUUCAUGUCCUACAAGGCAAUCGCUGAAUGGGCCAUUGAGGCCUCCAGCGCGGUAGCCCAGCAUGCCAACGCACACGAAUCGCCUGGCGCCAACCACUUGCACACCGUAGAAGCUGCUGCGGUAGGUGAACAAGACGAGGGCGCAUCGGCGUGUUGCAUAGGGUGCUUUCAGCUGAUGCCACCGCUCCUUGAAUCGCUCCUCGAGGGCUCUGACGCCAGACUCGACUCAGCUGAACCCGAGCUACUGUGCGCAUCCUGCAUCCUCCGGCUAGCAGGUAAAGCCGAUGCAUCGUCGACGGUACAAUCGAGUGGUGGUGGAAGCGGAGCGCUGUCGCCGCUGCCGAAAUUGAGCCUUCUCGUGAAAGCUGAGGCGAAGUGCCAGGAUCAAAUGCAGCUCCUGUUAAGUCAGCAAGAAAUUUUAAAGCGACAGAGGGAGAGGCUGCAGGCAGCCAAGCGUGCAAAGGAGGAAUCGCUUGCCGCUCAGCGGGAGCUCGCUCGACAGCGACGGAGGCAUUUCUUGAUGAUACAAGGGCGUCGUAAGCGCGAGGAAGAGCUCAAGUUCCUGCAGCUUCAAGGUGAAGAAAACACAAGCCGCUCCGAGCAGGAAGGAAACAUGGGCAAGUCGAAAAAGAAGCCGAAGCCUCCAAAGGUCUACCAACCACUUCAAAGACGAAUAUCCGAGCCCUCUGCGGAGCUGUACGAGGUGAGUUUGCCCCACCUGACGACGCAAUUAUCCAAACCCGAUCAGCCCCUCCAGCCACACAGUACCAAUAACAACGACAAGAUCUGCUCAGCGGAGACCCACCCCACAACUAGCUUCUCCGAGCGACGGAGACAGAUGAUGGCUUGCUACUCGCAGGAUCUAUCGCCACUCAUCUAUGGCCGCAAGCCCAGGCGUCUCCCCUUCCCUAAGCCUGUGCCUGCUAUCGUCCCGAGUGGUAUGAUCAUGAGGAGACAAUCAACUGACAACGAUAGUCAACUAACCGCAGUGGCGGCAAUUCAACGUAACAAAAGCCAACAGAACGGUAAAGUUCCAGCACAAAAAGAUAUGAAGCUGCGCCCUCUGGGUGACAAGAUGCCAAAUGUCAAAACUAGCAAUCAGUUUGAACACUCCCACUGGAGAGGAAGCCACGAAGCUUUCAACAAGCUCUCAGUGCAGCUCUCCCACCGUCUAGAUGACCACCCCUCUCCGCUGACAGCAGAGAUCAAGCCCGUGUCGUGGGCAAGUGAGCUAUUUCCACAGGACGGCUCGACGGACGAAGUUGACAAAUCGGUCUUUUCGGUACCGCUGCAUCGUGUUGCUGAAAACCCCAACGACGACCAGCAGUUCAAGCUGUUUCCUCUUGAGCGCCAGCUACCGAACCCCACCUUUCCUUCUUUGGAGAUAAAGCCACAGGUAGAUGUGACCACAGCGCCUCGGUGGGAGUAUUCAGCCGAGCGGCUGUCGGGUCUCCUGGAGAAGUACAACGUGUCCGUCGGUCGUCACGACUGCAACAAGUGCACCAAAGCUUCGACCGUCAGUAAAGGGGUUGACAAACGCGCUUGA